AAGUCAUUUUUGUUUUAGCCCACAUAAAUAUACGGCGUUUAUUUAAAGCUCGUAUGGAAUGGACUAUGAUGAGCUUACCGUCGAAGAAAAAGAAAGGCUACUCUUCAUUAGACAGCAAAAGACUCAGGUUAUGAAAAAUAUUGAGUCUCUAAAGCUUGAGCUGAAUGACAUAACAAGCCAGAUUGAAAACCUUGGGUUCUCUGUCGAUGGGGAGGACCCAUCUGUCAGACGGCUUGCGUUUGGCUGCAAGGAAUUCAAUAGAAAUCAAAAACAGGGUCUGGAAUAUCUCUUCGACAAUAAUAUAAUUGGAAGGUCCCCGGAAGACGUCGCGAAAUUUUUUAUUGAACAAAAUCACAAUUUAUCUAAACAUGCCGUUGGCACCUAUAUUGGCGAAGUUUCUAAGGAAUUUAACAUGCAAGUUUUGGAUGCAUUCUCCAAGUUGCAUGACUUCAAGGACGAAGAGUUUUUACCGGCUCUCAGACAAUUUCUGCUUAGCUUCCAACUGCCUGGGGAGAGUCAGAAAAUCGAUCGCAUUUUAACGAGUUUCUCUGAACGCUAUGUAGAGCAAAAUCCUUCAGUAUUUAACUCGCCACACGAGGCUUAUGUACUUUCUUACGCCGUUAUUUUAUUAAAUACUACACUACAUAAUAUAAAUGCAAAAAGCCAGAAUCUAGGUUUAGCAGAAGAAAAAACAUUUGUGCGUGCCAUGAUGGAAUUUGAUGAGGAAACUAACUUGUCUGAAGAUCUUGUUCGUAAAAUUUAUCGUGCUAUUAAAACUGAACCACUUCGUCCAGUUUCUGACGAUUCAUCUGUAUGUGGAUCUAAUCAAAAUAGUGGAAUUCAUAAAGGAUGGUUAUGGAAACUUGGUGGUCGGGUUAAAAGUUGGAAAAGACGAUGGUUUGUACUAACAGAAGACAGCCUCUUAUAUUAUCUUACUCCCGAUGCACAUUGAACUCACGUUAUCACAAGACGUUUACCUAAGGCUCAUGAAGAGAGAACACCGAUAAAGUAGGCUAAUUUCAAACGUAGACAUGGUUGUACUGACCAAAUAUCUACCCUUCAUUGGGUUCGGGAACGUACAAAUACAUACCAACUGUAAUGGUAUUUCUUAACUUUAAGGUACUAUUCAACUUUUUUGACCAAAAUGUUUUAUGACAUUAUCUGUCAUUGAGAAGCAUAUUAAAAGAUUGCAUCAGCUUUGUAAAGUCUCUCUACUUGAACAAUACUAGUGAACUCCAAAAUCUCUGGCAAACUUUCAUCAAAAUCAAGCGAUGUUCAUAAGGGUUAUCAACUUCCUUCAUUUCAUUUAACUUUGUUACACACAUCAUUUUGGAAAUAAUACUUGUCGUCUGACUUUGCAAGAAACUUAUCUACCAACAGGUUUACUUGUCGAAUUCGAAUAUGUAAACGUCAUCGUACUGUCUGUUGAAGACUAGUGACAAAACGCCGAGUUCCUAUGCUUUUUUUAUUGUAUUUUAAGCUUCAAAUUUAUCAUUUUGUGCAACCUAUUUUCAUAGUUAUCUAUCUUGACCUAGUUUCUGGAACCCUUUUGCUUUUAAAUGAUUCACUUCCUAAAAUAAGAGUAACAUAUUUUAGUAUUAUUGUUGCCUAUUUUUGUUCCUUUGUUACAUAUAACGCUCGAUUUUCAUGUAACACAUUUACGGGGAAAUAUUCUAUGUGUGUACCCUCAUCGAAGCUGGAAUGGAUCCAUUAAACUUGUUUGUAACCCAUUUUAAAGUAUUAAACCUCCUAAUCGCCACUUCGAACACAAACCGUUAAGAAAUACCGUCAGUAGUAAACGUAGAUCUCUUUGUUGAACCUCUUUUUUAUUUUUCAAGCUAUUGAUAUUCAUCUUAAACUUUUUCUGAAAAUAUCUUAUUUAAAAUCUUUUCAUCCGCAUAGGUGGUUUAAGAAAUUCAGUAAAAAUUCCCGCCUAACCGAGGUUUCGUGUAGAUUAGCACUCAUCAGCAAUCUUAAAGGAACUGAUAUUCCCUGGUGGAUUCAAACUUGGGGCGCUUAGUUUCACAUUUUGAGACAUCACUGAGCUAUUCGGGUCGAGACUGGUCGAUUGGAUUGAGAUAGUUACAUUAAUUAAUUUCUGAGUUGUGACCUAUGUUGUAUUUAUCUAGUCCUUUGAGUGUUGGUCGUUUUCCGUUAAUCAAGUUGUAGUGUGUCAUUAGUCUUAGUGAUCUGACAUCACAUGCACUCUGUUGAGGUGUUAUGUAUUUGUAGUUCCCUUGGGAUCUCAGGUACGUCUUACUAAUGUGUGCCAACCAGCACGAAAUUUUGGUCCAAUGUUUCCUGCUGACUUUCUGUAACCACUUAACAUCUCAACAUAAUGUGCACGAUGUCAAAUCACUAAGACUAGUGAUGACAUUCCGAAUUGAUGGAGAGAAUCCGAUCACCACUAAAGUACUAAACAACCUCGACAUUAACCACUAUUCAAUGAAUUAAUCAAUUUGAAUUUUUAACCUUAUGUACUAUCCAUCAUAUAAACAUUGUAAACAUUCUAAUUGCUAUUUCCCCCAAUUUUUUAUAAUAUUCUAUUUCUCUUUCAAUCUCAUAUUUUUUUGUUUGUGGUUUAGCGUUCUCGUCAAACCAAAGGUGUUAUCCCACUGGAAGGAAUCAAUAUUCGACUAAUACAUGAUAAAACAAGAGAGUUUUGUUUCGAAUUAUAUUGUCCACGAAAUCAAUUAGUUAAAUCUUGUAAAGUUGAAAGAGAAUUAACCACAGGACUGACUUUUUGGUAAAGAAAAUCCCAACCACUAUACAUGAAUUGUCCUUCUACAUAACGUGGACACUGUUUAUUUAUUUAAACACAUAAAUAUUGGUACAAGGAAGCACCAGAUAAAUAUGCGCCUCACAAAU